GUAGGCUGUAGAGCACCACAAGGCAAAGAAAGAAAAAAUGCCGACACCCACCGCCAGUACUCCAACCACCAAGGCAGAGCUGUUCAGCAUGAUGCCUGCUGACCUGGCCCGUAGGCAGUUGCGGGAACAGUCUGCCCGCCUUCGACCUCUCAGACCAAACCUUGCUAACGCAAAGUUUUCCCCCAGGAAGGAAAUGAGCGAUGAUGUGCUUGUGUGGGAGGUUGAACAGAUGGAGGCUGCUAGAAAAGUGGUGCUGAUGUUUAUCCAACAUGAGGUAAUGAUGUAUUUUUCCGGUGUCUGUGAUACAUUUUCUGUGAAAUUAUAUAUCCUUGGCUUUUGUUCUACUAUAUCAAUAGAUAGCUGGUGUUGGUUGUUGUCUUAGUAAUAAACACGUAGCUCCUAAACUGAUAAAUUUCACCUGCUCAUUGUGUUUCUAUUUUUAAUAUCGGUUUCACCUCAAGUCGUAUUUGCAAGGUUUUUUCUGUCACGCAUUUUUAUUUAACACAUGUUUACCUUUAUAUUUAUUAACCUCACAAAACACUUUUCUUUCUUGCUUCUUUUGCCUGCCUUUAAUUGCUUAUUGAUAGCCUUUCAUUUUAUUUCUAAUAUGCUAUUAAUUCUUCAUAGUUUUUAAUUAUUUUCAUCAUUCAUCACUACAAUCACACUGAUUAUGUCAUUGAAGUGUCACUAACUGAAAUGAAUUAAUAUUUCUUAACUUAAUGCCAAAAUUUCUUUUUAUAUUAAAUAUAAUGUUUAGUAAAAAGUCUAUACUUCUAUUAUAAUUUGAUGUAUAAAUUACAAUACUGAAUUGUAUUCAAAAAGUUGUUUAUUGGAUUACAAUGAUUAAAUUAAAUAAUUAAGACAUUAUUUUAUUAUAUAACUUAAAUAACUAUUGAUUAAAAUAUAUUAUUUUAUAGACAUAAUAAUUUACAAAUGUAUCUUGUUAAUGGUUUGGAGCUUCUUCAGUGAGUUUUUGUUUAGUGCCAACUAGUGCACAACAGCCACCUGCAACCAAGCCACCACCAACUACCAUCACUGCCUCUCAGUCAGUAUUGACAACCAAGCCCCUCCCCCCCCCUGGAGAGCCCUGUAGAGAGUCGCUAGAUGUGGGCCAUGGCAAGACAGUUAAGCUGCCACCAGCUACCACAACUGUCACUUUACGGACAACCAAGCCCCCUGGAGAGCCCUGUAAAGGGUCGUUAGUUGUGAAGCAACCUUCUGCCUUCACAGAAUUGAUGAAGCCCACAGUAACAGAAUUUCCCUUCAUCGAGAGCUGGCGAGCCUGUGUGCCAGAGGUGGACCAACAGUGGAUCUCUAAAGCCCUGUUCACUUACAGCAGUAAUGGCCACCCUGAGCUGGAUGAAAGAAAGCUGGAUGGUUUUUGGUAUGACCCUCCUAAGUCCCGGACAAUACCAAACCAGAAGCCAAGACUUGACAGAUAUUUUGGACAUCGCCUAUUCCUGUGGCUUCCACUGCGGCUAUGCAGGAUGGUGCUGACCUGUCCCUUCUGCAAGGUUACUCAUCUGACCAAGCAGGGCCUGUACCGGCUGACCAGGAUAGUGCUAGACAUAGAUUCAUUCUACAUUCUAGCCACUGAGAGUUUGCACUGUGUCAAGUGCAAGAAAAAUCAGAUAGGCUGGAGUGAAGCCAUCUUGGAUCAGCUGGAUCCGGCUACCAGGUCCACGUUUCCGGUACAGAUGAUGUACCAUAGCGCAUGUGACACUCGUGUCAUAUACUUGUUGCGUCACCGAGGCUAAGGUACCAGCCCUACUUAGCUACAGAAGCAGAUCACUGAGCUUCACAAUUUGAGGUGGACGAAGCAACAACUGCAGUACAUGAACGACUGUUCUUUGUACCUCAAGUAUGUGACAGCAAAGUUCCAAAACUGUCUUCGAGGAGCUGCCCAAACAAUCUCAGUUGCCAACAUACCAAUGGUUCCUGCGUGUUUACCAUCAGGAGGUUUUGUCUCGAGCAGAAGAGGUCAAGGCGGCUUUGACAUCCAUCUUUGGUCGAAUUUUAAAGAUGGAUUCUACUAAGAAGGUAACCAAGAAGUUGGCAGGUGAAGCUGCUCGGACGGCAGCAUGGUCGACUAACGUUGGCAAUGAACAUGGCCAGGUGCUUAUGAUCGUUAUGACAUCAAUUGAAGGGUGUGGGUAAGGCGACAUGGUGAAAGGCCUCGUAAAACGCUAGUCCGAGGCUGAUGUCCUACCACCAAUCCUGCUGUAAACAGACUGCGACUGUUGCGGGAAGUCAGCACUGAUGGACAUUUUCAGGACAGCUUGGUCUGACCUUGCGGUGCGAUUA